AUUUGGGGGGCAAACAAAGUGAAUUAUGGGCAAUUGGAAAAUAGAGAAUGACAACAGAGACAGCAACGUGAAGUCACGCAAUACAAGUCGCUCGAUGUAGCAACGUAACAGAGAUGGCGUUUUCAACACAGCUAGUAACGACGAUAGUUCUUCUUCACACCAGAGUUUUAGCACAAGAACCAGGUGUUGUAAGAACAGUAGCCGGUGGUGGAAAAGCUCAUGUAGGCGGCCAUAAAGACUGCGUGGAUUCCAAAACUACUGCAAUGGAUGGGAUAGGAAAUAACGCCAGGUUUAAUUACCCCUGGGGUAUCGAGUUUGACUCCCAAGAAAAUGUGCUUUACGUGGCUGACUGUGGCUGCCCAGAGACCGUCCACAGUAAUGACCGUAUAAGGAAAAUCGACGUAAUCACUGGUCGAGUGACGACUCUUGCAGGAAGUGCUCAAGGAUACAAAGAUGGAAUAGGAGAGAAUGCAAAGUUUCAUCACACGUCAGGAAUGGCCAUUGAUCAAGUGGAAAAAGUCUUAUAUGUGGCAGACAGUGGAAACGAUCGAAUAAGGAAAGUUGAUCUUAAAACAGCUGAAGUAACCACGUUUGCCGGCAGCGGGGAGCCUGGAUUCCAUGAUGACGUAGGAAUCAAAGCUAAGAUGACCAAUCCUCAACAUCUGGAAAUUGACAACAUGAAAAGGAGGUUGUUUCUCAGUGAUACGGAUAAUCAUGCAAUAAGGAUCAUUUCGUUGCCUGACGGGAAAGUGACAACACUGGCGGGUGGUAGCCAGGGACUGGUGGAUGGUAUUGGAAGAGAGGCUAGGUUUUACCAUCCAACAGGGAACUCACUCGACGUGUAUUCUGGGAUGUUAUAUGUGGCUGAUCAUUAUAACCAUGUUAUACGGACGGUGGACGUAAAUAGUGGCCAAGUAAAAACACUUGCUGGCGGUGGACGAGAAGGAUUCAAGGACGGUGUAGGAAAAGAAGCCCGGUUUAAUUAUCCCGAAGGACUAUACUUUGACACGGACCAUCAAAUCCUUUAUGUUGUUGAGUUUGAUAGCCACGCUGUAAGGAUUGUCACGCCAACAGGCGAAGUUAGAACGCUGGCUGGUGGUACAGAGGGCUACAGGGAUGGAGUCGGCAGGCAAGCUCAGUUUUUUCAUCCCACUGGACUGACUUUUGAUCAUAAAAGAAAAAUUGUCUAUGUUACAGACCAGUACAACCACAUGGUGCGGAGCAUUACUGGUGUUGGUUCAACACUUGUGAAUCCUAACAAAUCAGUUUUAUCCAGGACUCUAUUGAAGACAAGAAGCUCUCCCUAUUUAUUCGCUUGUUUCGUGUUUUCUGUUGCCUUUUUUGUCGUGGUUGCUUUAUGGUUUCGACGAAGUGCUCGAUAUUUACUGAGAACAAGACUUGUUUAAGGAUUACCCAAUUGAUGACAUUUAUCAAUUAUUUGCUCUAUUGCUCCAACUCAAUGCGACCAGCUUCCUGAGGAAUUUUGAAAUUCAGCAAUUCCUAAAACGUGUUUUGUAUACUACGUCAAUUAAUUGAGUUCUUAAAUAAUAUUCAUAGUUUUCUGUAUAACUUAAAUUUGAUUGUUUUGACUCUCGAUAAAGCGGACUCCACGUACUUCUCAUAUAACAUAAUUAUGUCAAGUUACAGUCUGCUGUUCAUUAUUUGUCAAAAUACACUUCAAAAGACUUCUGGAA